ACAGGAAACUUGAAGGUCGAUCGGUCUCAUUACUAUCUCCAUGGCAUCAAAUACAAGACCCUCUGUCAAGCUCCCCAAGGGGAAAUCCUCGGAAUCCAGAUAGUCGAUAGAUUUCCUCAUCCUCUCGACGCAUUUCUCGGGGUUCCAUAUGCUAUACCUCCAACAGGAGACAGACGAUUCAGGCCUGCGCUGAAAAUAGGAGAGUCCAGCGAGAUAUUCGAUGGCUCAAAGUACGGCUAUGCAGCCCCUGGAAAGGCACUGCUUUCCGGAGGCCCAAACCUAGAGCAAAGCGAGGACUUGGCAAUUUAUUUGCAUGGUGGCGCCUUCAAUCGGGGUGCUGCUGCUAUGCACGAUAGCGCUUCCAUGGUGGCCUGGUCAGAGAAGCCAUUUGUUGCUGUGAGCUUCGGGUACCGCAUAGGUGCUCUUGGAUUUUUGCCUUCAGAAGUCAGGAAAAAUGAAGGUAUAUUAAAUCUGGGAUUAAGAGGUCAGGUUCUUCUCUUUCAAUGGGUUCGGGAUAACAUUGGUCGAUUUGUUGGGGAUCCGGGAAAUGUGACCCUAAUUGGUCUCUCUGCGGGGGCGCAUUCGCCCCCUUUGUUUCAUCGUGCGAUCAUGGAAUCUGGAUCACCCACCUGCCGAGCUGUCCGCCCUUACAAUGCGAAGAUCCACGAAGAGCAAUUUCAAGACUUUCUUAGAGAGGUCAAUUGCCCAGGUGACCUAGAUAAAACAGAGAUAUUCCCAUACCUGCGCAGCCUCCCGAGUUCAAAAAUAACUGAGGCUCAAAUAAUGGUGUUUGAUAAGUACAAUCCCUCACUAAGAUGGCCCUUCCAACCAGUUAUCGAUGAAGAGAUGAUUCCACGCAAACCACUGGAAGCAUGGCGUUCUCAUUCAUGGAACAGAAUACCCAAAAUGACCAGACUCAACACAAGUGGAGCAAACGCCUAUGUCAGUAAGAAAAUGUCCGAGCCAUCAGAAUUCUGCACGUUCUGGCAGACUCUUCUGCCCAACCUUUCAGCCUCUGAACUAGAUUCGAUUGAACAGCUAUAUCCAGAUCCAAGAAUCGAUCACAGAUCCCCAUAUAACGAGACAGGUGAAGGCCUUGGAGCUCAAUUCCGGCGCAUAGAGGCAGCAUAUGGACACUACGCCUACGUCGCACCGGUCCUAUGUAGUAUGAGACAUCCAAAUAGGAUAUCUGAGAGAUCUUCGAGUCUCAAAAUGAACUAUCAAGAAUGCUCCAUGCAUAUCUUACCAGUAUCAUUACGACGGGAGACCCGAACGCUGUACGAGGGCAAUAUCCAGAAUGACCGCAGUGGUCGCCCUUUGAACCAAGAGAUCAGAAAGUGA